AUGGCCAUAAUGGUGGAAAACGGUGUUCCUCAUGCGAAAUUUUUUGAUACUGUUGAUCCUGAUGACUCGGAGUACAUUCGUCAGCUUUUAAGGCCCCCUGCAGUCACCGAAGAUGUUAGGCUCAUGGAACAGCGAGGGCGUGUUACCCUCGUUUUGCAUUCGGGCUCAUUCCGAAAUGAGUUGGAUAAGACUAUUGCGUCUCACAUGAAAUCUGGCCAACUAUCUGGCAGUCUCUUGGCUCUCAAGGAAAUAGCCGAUGUUCUUACACCUCAUACGAGAUUGGGCUUUUCUGCCUUCACGAGAUGUAGGAUCCGGAUGUUUAUCAUUUCAUUUUACCUCUUAGGUGCGACCAUGCCCGUCGUACCGGUCAACGACUUGCGUACCGGAGAAAAGCCAGUGUAUUCGAAAUUCGAGCGAAUGAUUCGCUGCAAAUUGGCAUCAACGUUUCGUUUAUCUGACCUUUUUCGUUGGAAUGUUAAUUCUUUAAAUCCCAUUACUGUACGGCUCAUGAUUUUAGCUCGUCUAGCGCGAGAAUCGGAGCAUUAUUUAGUCAAUCCUCAAGGCCUUCUCUUCCAUGAAAUCACUGCAUCUUCGCUCAUAAAACUUGAUAUCAAAGGUACCAUAAUUGACCAAGGCUCUACUGUACUGGGCAUUGAUAGGCCUGGUUGGAUGCUUCACGCCGCCAUUUACGAAUCUAGGCCAGACAUCCGUUGCAUCAUUUAUUUGAAUACUCCUGCAACUAUAGCAGUAAGUUCUUGUCGAAAUUCUAAUUUUCAUUUGCAUUUACCCAUACAUUGA